AUGGAGACGUGCCUCGCGAUGACGAUUUUCCGAGAGGAAUUUACCUUUUCUUUCGUCGGGAUGUUUUCUACCCUCCUUUUCGUGAAGAUUUUCCACUGGCUGGCUCAGAAACGGGUGGAGUAUAUCGAAACGACGCCCGCAGUAUCGCGGCUUUCGCACAUCCGGAUCACCGUGUUCAUGGUGCUGCUCCUGGCGAUGGACUGCGUGCUCGAAUUCCAGGCGGUCUCGUACCUUCUAAAGACUCGCUCCGCUUCCGUCCGGAUCCUCUUCGCCUUCGAGUACUUCAUACUGGCGUCUGCCAUGCUGGCGAAUAUAGUAAAGUACGUGCUGUACAUGGUGGACACGGUGAUGGAGGGGCAGUGGGAGCACAAGGCGACGUACAUCUUCUACCUGGAGCUCGUGAAAGACCUCCUGCACCUCCUCGUCUACCUCGCCUUCUUCUCCAUCAUCUUCAUGACGUACGGCCUGCCCCUGCACCUCAUCCGCGACCUCUAUGAGACCUUCCGCAACUUCCGCAUGCGAGUGGCGGAUUUCAUUCGCUACCGCCGCAUCACCUCCAACCUCAACGAGAGGUUUCCUGAUGCUACUCCAGAAGAGCUUGAGAGGGCGGACAGCACGUGCAUCAUCUGCAGGGAGGAGAUGACGUCAGCGAAGAAGCUUCCCUGCGGGCACCUCUUCCACGUGCACUGCCUGCGCUCCUGGCUCGAGCGCCAGCAGACCUGCCCCACCUGCCGCGCGCCCCUGCUGCAGCCCCAGGCGCAACCCACGCCCCCCCCGGCCGCCGCUGCUGCUAGAAACGCUGCUGCUGCUGCUGCUGCCGGUGCUGCUGGUGCUGCUGGUGGCGUUGCUGGUGGUGCUGGUGGUGCUGGUCUGGGGUUUGGAGUGCCAGGUGGAGCUGGGGUUGUGCCUCUUGCGGCUCCUGCUGCUGCGCCUGGUGUUGCUCCUGGUGGUGCUGCUGCUGGUGGUGGCGUGGGCGGUGUUAUUCCCUUGGGUCAGUUCCGCAUUGCGGCAGGCGGGGGUAUGCCGGCGGUGCAUGUGUUUCACGGGCAGCUGAACCUUCCUGGCGGGAUGGGGGCAGCUGGAGCAGGAGGAGCGUUCGGACAGGGGCACUUGCAGGGGCUGCAGCCGGGGCUGCAAGGGCUGCAGGGGUUACAGGGGCUGCAAGGGCAGCUGGAGCAGCAGCCGUACCUGCAGCAGCAGCUGCAGCAGAUGCUAUACGCUCAGCAGGUGCAGCAGCAGCAGCAGCAGCAGCAGCAGCAGUGGCAGCAGUGGCAGCAAAUGCAGCAAUGGCAGCAGUGGCAGCAGUGGGGGCAGUGGCAGUACUGGCAGCAGUGGCAGCAGCAGGCUCAGGCUGCAUAUGCGGCUGCAGCAGCAGCAGCAGCAGCAACAGGGGGUACGUCCGGAGCAGCAACCGCUACAUCAGGAGCAGCAGCAGGUACAUCUGGUGCAAGCCCAUCCGGGGCUUCACCUAUUCCUGCCAAUGCAGGUUCUCCUUCUGCAUCUGCUGCUGCAGGCACUACUGGUGAUGAGGGUAAUGCGGGUGGGUCUUCCAGCACAACUGCCACUGCAGCUCCCACGGCUGUGGCCACUGCAGCUCCCACUGCUGCACCCAAUGCAACUGCCGCUGCAACCCCCAGUCCAGCUCCCAGUGCAACCCAGCCCCCUCCUGCUGCGGCCUCUGCCUCUGGAUCAGAUGCCUUCCUGCGCCAAUACAACGCCUGGUUGUCAGCUGCAUACCCGCAGCAGCAACAGCAGCAGCAGCAACAGUACCAGCAGCAACAGCAGCAGCAGCAGCAGCAGCAGCAGCAGCAGCAGUACCUCCAGCUGCUUCAGCAGUAUCAGCAGCCACAACAGCAGCAGUACCUGCAGCAGUAUUUGCAACAGCUGCAGCAGCAGCUAACAGCACAGGCUCAGGCUCAAACACAGGGACAGGUGCAGACUCAAGGGUAUACACCUGUUGGUUCUCAAGGGCAGGCAGCUGGCCCCACUGGUUCUAGUGCAGGUGCAUCUGGUGCAGGUGCAUCUGGUGCAGGUGUAUCUGGUGCAGGUGCAUCUGGUGCAGGUGCAUCCGUUACAGGUGCAGCUGUUGCAGGCACAGGCGAACAAGCACCUCAAACCCCCCUCACUGCAGCUCAAACCCUUCCCACUGGACCCUCUACUUCCAAUAGCACAGGUGCGGACGCCUCUGCUGGCCUGGACAAUGGUGUCAGUGGUAACAGUGGUGGCAGCGGUGGCAGUGGUGGUGGUGGGAGUGCUGCUGCUGCGCCUAGUGCUGCUGCUGCGCCUAGUGCUGCUGGUGUGGAGCCCUCUCAAGGAAGCAGAGAGGGGGGACAAGGGCAAACAGCAGCCGGUGAAGGGCAGAGCUAG